AUGACCGACAAGACUCGCGAAGAUCACGAUCAGCGGGCGCCAAGGGGCCAUGUCUUUGGCUUCUGGAAGAUGGCGUGUGCCGGACCUUCGACAGCGAACUGGGACACGGCGUGGAUCAGCGAGCCGAUUAUUCCCCUUUGUCAGCGUGGAACUCCCGAGCAGAACCUCGUAAAGGAGCAUGAGGGGUGGGGGAGUGUCGCCGGGGAGGUUAUGGACGACAAGGGCGAGGAGUCGUCAAACAUCGAGGCUAAUGCAGUGGCUUCUUCAACUCACUUUCCUUACCCUGCCACAUCCCUCCCACCACCAGUCGCCGACUUCGAUUUUCGUGUUGCUGUGAGUUUCGGUGUCCAAGAGACGGAGGUUAUUGAAGAUGGUCCCGAGAAGGUUGAGCUAACGGAGGGUGUCUGCGGUUCUUGGUCUGGGUCGUUUGGGUCGGGUCUCGUCAUCACAGGCGGACACGACCUGGACAAGACGAAGCUGAAAGAAAGUAGCCUACACGAAAUCGUCACCGCGUGCAGAUUGCAAACCAGUGACCGAGAACCAGCCAUCCUCGAGAUGGGCACGAGAGGCUUCUUGGCUGGGCCGACUGAUAUUCUUGACGGCAUCGCUCAUCGGCCGGACGGAGAGACGAGAAUCGACCCGAGGAGGUACAGCUACCGCAUGGUUAUCAAUUUAACGACAACGGAUGAGCGGUACGCUGAAAAGGUGGAGGGUGUCCUUUGGGUAGGGAGUGGGAUGUGGGACCGGGACGAGCUUGUUAUUGAUGCCUAUCGCAUUGACUGA